GGUUAGCGGCGCCGCCGCGCCGGGCCUCCGCAGAUUCAGUCAGAGGCAGCCCGCGGAACCGGCUUCUCCCAGCGCAGCAGUGCCUGGUCCUGGGCUGUCCCCGGAGCGGGCCAUGCCCCCGCGGGAGCUGAGCGAGGCCGAAUCGUCUCCGCUCCGGGCCCCGACCCCUCCCCCGCGGCGGGGCAGCGCAACCCCAGAACUGGGCAUCAAGUGCGUGCUGGUGGGCGACGGCGCCGUGGGCAAGAGCAGCCUCAUCGUCAGCUACACCUGCAAUGGGUACCCCUCGCGCUACCGACCCACGGCGCUGGACACUUUCUCUGUGCAAGUCCUGGUGGAUGGAGCCCCUGUGCGCAUUGAGCUCUGGGAUACGGCGGGACAGGAAGACUUCGACCGCCUUCGUUCCCUCUGCUACCCGGAUACCGAUGUCUUCCUGGCCUGCUUCAGCGUAGUGCAGCCCAGCUCCUUCCAAAACAUCACAGAGAAAUGGCUGCCUGAAAUUCGCACUCACAACCCCCAGGCGCCGGUGCUGCUGGUGGGCACCCAGGCCGACCUUAGGGAUGAUGUCAAUGUCCUGAUUCAGCUGGACCAGGGGGGCCGGGAGGGUCCCGUGCCCCAACCCCAGGCUCAGGGCCUGGCCGAGAAGAUUCGGGCCUGCUGCUACCUUGAGUGCUCUGCCUUGACUCAGAAGAACUUAAAGGAGGUAUUUGACUCGGCCAUUCUUAGUGCCAUUGAGCACAAAGCCCGGCUGGAGAAGAAACUGAACGCCAAAGGUGUGCGCACCCUCUCUCGCUGCCGCUGGAAGAAGUUCUUCUGCUUUGUUUGAACAGCUGUGGCAGAGUAGGGAGCAAUAGGCAUAAAGCCACAGACAUCUGGAACCUGGGGUAGGGGACUACUGGCAGGGCCAGGCCACCCCAUGAGACUCAGUCCCUUCUGAACACUGGGGACAUGGGCCUCUACCUGCCCACUCAUGCCAGGGUGAGCCCAUGGCCUGGAGGAAGGAAGGCUAUAACUUGGAUUUCUGUGGUCAAGGCUUACAGAGAAAUCCCAGCACUUUGAUUUUCAUGGGAUGGUCCUAACAGUGUCAGCCACCUCCAAGCAGUUUGGGAUCCAGUUUCCUGUUUCUUGUGGGCCCUCAGGUCAGGCUGGCUGAAUUAGGACCCCUGUAGUGGUCUUCCCCACCUCCUUGGCACAGGGGUGAGGAAGAGCCCAGGAAAUAGCUAGACAUCUUGGAUGGCAGGAAGGUGUACAGCUUUAGAGAAGUUUGGGAUGGACUGCGUAAAGAUAGAAGUCAGAGAUGGAGAGGGAGCAGAGAGUGAGGCUUGGAGCCUUGGGACUGGAGGCAGGCUGGGAAGCAUGAGGCAGAUCAUAGAGCGAGGCCUGGACGGAGUAAGAGUGAGAAGGAGAGCAGAGAAGUGGGGCAGCUGAGGAGCAAGGCUGACACCUGGGCUGCCCUCAGCCCCCAAGGCCAGGGAGGGCGGGGCUGAUCCCUGGGAAGAACUGGGUCUCACCGCUCCCUAGGCACUGCCCAAACUGGCUGGGCCAGGAGUGGGGCAGGAAGUGAGAUUCAAGGCCCAGCAGAGGAGGGAGAUAAGCUGCAAACUAGAACCUGAGGGAAGAAGGGGCUGGGGGUCACCUUUUUCUCCAAGGUCACGGCCUAGAAGGUAGUACAGUGCAGAGUGUGCAAAUAAAGACUUAAGUUUCUGAAGUUAA